AUGGCAAAAAUUAAUGAUUUUUUACUACAAGGAAUACAAGAAACUCAGGUUGAAGAUGAAAUGUGGUACUUGGACACUAGUGUCACAAACCACAUGACAGACAAAAAGAGAUUGCUUUGUGAUUUUGAUGAUUCACUAGGUAGUGUAGUAAAGUUUGGCGAUGGAUCCAAUAUUGACAUCUCUGGUAAAGUAUUCUUGUAAAUUGCCAGGAUGGAAGUAAAUUGAAACUCAAUAAUGUUCUAUAUUUUCUUAGACUCAAGAUCAAUAUUCUUAGUCUCAGUGGUUAAAUGAUUAAGGAUUCAAUAUGGUGAUGGCAUCUAAUUUCCUUACUAUCUAUGAUCAACACAAAAGACUUCUAGCAAAGGUGAGAAGACACAAGGAAGACUGUAUUUACUACAGUUACAAAUUGAAGAACAUUGUCUUGUUUCAAAAGGGUGUCAUGAAGUAGAUUAGAAAUGUCAUAGAAGGCAUGGACACUUAAAUUUUCAUUCUUUGAAAGAUCUCUUCUUUCGGGACAUGGUGAAGGGAUUACUAUAAUUAAAAUCUCAGAUAAUCUCUGUUGAUCUUGUGUUGUUAGUAAACAACACAGAAGCCCAUUCCCAUCCUCUUUUGAAUUCAAAGCUAGUAGAUAAUUGGAGCUUGUUCAUGGAGACAUGUAGGCCCAUCUCUUCUACUACUUAUAAAGGAAAUAGGUACUUCCUUCUUCUUGUGAAUGACUACUCAAGAUUGAUGUGGGUUGUAAUGUUGAGGCAAAAAAAUGAAGCUUUCCAAGCAUUUUUGAAGUUCAAGAAAAUGACUAAGCUAGAGAAAGGAGAAAAGGUGCGAACUCUUAGAACUAAUCAGGGGGGAGAAUUCACUUAUGUUGAGUUUUCUUUCUUCUACAUUCAACAUGGAAAUGGUGUUGUAAAAAGGAGGAACAUAACACUCAUGAAAAUGGUCCAAAGCAUGCUGAAAGAAAAAAACUUACCUCCUAAACUCUAGGGUGAAGCUGUGAACAUGUGUUUACAUCUUGAAUUGGUCUCCAAAUAAGAGCCUAGAUAAAGCUACGCUGCAUAAAGUUUAGACUAGUUCAAAGCAAAAUGUAGCUCAUCUUAGAGUGUUUGGCUCAUUGGCCCAUGUGAAGACACUUAGACAACGACUCACAAAACUACAAGAUAGAGGUAAACCUAUGAUCUUCAUAGGCUAUGAAGCUGGCACAAAAAGAUUAUAAGUGCUAUAAUCCACAAGAUGACAGAGUUCACAUUAGUAGAGAUAUAAUUUUCAAAGAAAGUAGCUAGUGGGAUUAGAAUCACAUUGAUCAAACAAGUAGAUGUACACUCUACUUUCCAUCCUUUAUUGAUUCAAUUGAUGCAGGGGAAACUCAAGUUGACCAUAUUAACUAUGAAGUAAGACACAAAAAUUCUCCUGAUCAUAAAUAAGAUAGAUCUUCAUCCAUAGAGGAGGACUGCCCAAGAAGAUAUAAAGACAUAGACUAG